GCAGUCGGAGGAUCUGUCUCUCGGAGACCCACACCCGCGAACCGGACGGAGCAUCACUAAGCGGAGUACUGGAGAUUGUGGAUCUUGUAAAAGGACGAUAUGAUAUGAAAUAUCAGUCUUUUCAUUUUUGACACUGGGAUUUUUUUUUUUUUUUUUUUUUGGCUGGAUGUGUGGACACGGAGCGGGAAUGGAACGUCGAGCCAGCGCGUGAGAGCUGAUACCAUUUAUGCUAAUUUACCAGACAGUCAGGGCAAUUGAGGAGCCAUUAGGAUGGCAUGUUAUAAUUUUCACUGAUAAAUACAAGUCCGUGCUAAUUUAUUUUCAUUGAAGAUAUGAUCUUGAAUUCGUUCUAAAUGUUUUAUUCAUGAGAAGAAACCCUAUGGGAACACACAGCUAGUAGCCAGAAAUAUUUUUUUUCGUAUUAGAAUUUAUUGUCAUUGUGUGAGUGCUAACAACAAGACACCAGCCAUGUCAAAGAAUAAGAGCAGUGAGUCGGUUAAGGUGGUUGUUCGAUGCCGACCUUUGAACCGAAAAGAGGAGUCCAACGGUCCCUCAGGGGGCAUUGUGCAGAUGGACUUGGGACUGGGACAAGUGAUGCUCAGGAAUCCUCGAGCAUCGCACAGCGAACCCCAGAAAACAUUUACAUUCGAUGCUGUUUACGAUGCCAAUUCCAAACAACGAGAUCUGUACGAUGAAAGCGUUAGGCCUCUCAUAGAUUCUGUGCUUGCCGGGUUCAAUGGUACAAUUUUUGCUUAUGGACAGACCGGGACAGGGAAGACAUACACUAUGCAGGGGAUGUGGUUGGACCCAGAGAAACGGGGUGUGAUACCCAAUGCCUUUGACCACAUCUUUACGCACAUCUCACGCUCACAGUCUGAUAAGCAGUACCUCGUACGGGCAUCAUACCUUGAGAUUUAUCGUGAGGAGAUCCGGGAUCUCCUUGAUCCCAACCAUGCCAACGCCCGGGGACUGGAGCUCAGAGAGAGUCCAGAGACUGGAGUCUAUGUCCCGGACCUCACAUCUUGUGUCUGCAAGAGCAUCAAGGAGAUUGAGGAGGUGAUGAACGUGGGCAACCAAGCAAGGGCCGUUGCGGCCACAGACAUGAACGAAUAUUCGUCCAGGUCCCACGCCUUGUUCCUGAUCACUGUGGAGUGUGGCCAGCCAGGUCCAGAUGGGAGAAAGCACAUCCGAGUUGGUCGCCUCAACCUGGUGGAUCUGGCUGGCAGCGAGCGGCAGGCCAAAACAGGCGUCCAGGGGGAACGCCUGAAGGAGGCGGCUAAGAUAAACCUUUCCCUGUCCGCUCUAGGGAACGUGAUAUCUGCGCUGGCGGACGGGCGCAGCGGCCAUGUGCCCUACCGGGACUCAAAACUGACCCGUCUUUUGCAGGACUCACUAGGCGGGAACGCCAAGACUGUCAUGGUCGCCACUUUAGGCCCUGCCCCCCAGCACUACGACGAAACCCUCACAACCCUUCGCUACGCAAACCGAGCCAAGAACAUCCAGAACCAGCCCCGAGUCAACGAGGACCCCAAAGACGCUCUCCUUCGAGAGUUUCAGAGGGAGAUCGCUCGACUCAGGGCCCAGCUCAACCACAGGAAGUGGAGGAGCAAGCAGAAGAAGGAGCGGCUGGACGACGAUGGCUCAGAUCAAGAGGGGGAUGAAGACACAGAGUGUGAGGAGGAGGAGGUAGUGAAGGAGGCAAAGGAGUACGUGAAGCAAGAGGAGCAGCGUUUGGAGAGGGAGAAGGAGGCCAUCAGAGGAGAUCGAUCCCUCCUGUCUGAUGAGAAGCAGAGGCUUCUUGGCGAGAAAGAGAGGAUGAUGGGGGUUCUUCGAAAAGAGCAGGAAGCCACAGAGCAACUGACUGCCAAGUACAAGGCAAUGGAGAGCAAGCUGCUGGUUGGCGGAAAGAACAUCAUAGAUCACACUAAUGAGCAGCAGAAGAUGCUAGAGGUGAAGAGGCAGGAGAUUGCGGAACAGUCACGUAGUGAGAGAGAGAUGCAGCAGCAGAUGUUGAUCCAGGAUGAUGAGACACUGGAGCUGAGGGAAACCUUUACUUCUCUGCAGCAAGAGGUCGAGGCCAAGACCAAGAAGCUUAAGAAGUUGUACGCCAAGCUCCAGUGCAUCAAAGCGGAGAUCCAGGAUGUAAAUGACGAGCACGUGAGGAGCCGUCAGGAGCUAGAGCAAACGCAGAACGAGCUCACUAGAGAGCUCAAGUUCAAGUAUUUGAUCAUCGAGAACUUCAUCCCUCCAGAGGAGAAGAAUAAGAUCAUGAGCAGAAUGACUUUUGACCCUGAAGAGGAUCAGUGGAAGUUCCAGCCUCUCGUUCCCGCUGAGAGUAAACCCUUACAGAUGAAGAAAAGGCCAACAUCUGCAGUGGGAUAUAAGCGACCAAUCAGCCAGUAUGCCAGGGUUGCCAUAACGAUGGGGGCUAAUAACAGAUUCAGGGCUGAGAACAUCAUGUUUCUGGAGCUGGACAUGAACCCUCCAAACACCGCCUCACUGGGUCACUUAAAAGAUGCAGAGUUAAACCUAAGCUCCUCUGUGGACAGCUCUCCUACCAACGACAGAGGCGUUCGCAAAUCUCGCUCCUGGUGUCAAAGCCAAAAGUCUCUCACUUCUUCCUCUUCUAAUGUUUCCCUGUCGGCUUGUAACACUGCCGUGCCUGCAUCGACGCAGUGAAACGCUGAAGCUUGAGCAAUGUGUGUUUUUAUUGUUAUUUAUUUUCCUGCAAAAUUUGGUGCUGGGACAUACAACAACACCUCUUUAGCAACACAACAAAUGGUUGCCUGAAAUUGAAGGACUUGACAAAGCUCAUCAAAAGAAACAAGCUGAACCUUUGUUGCAUGUGAGCGAGCAAAGAGAGUUAUAAUGUCUGUGUGGGUGUGCGGAUGCUUGUGUCACCAAAGUGGCUUCUAUCCUGUACAUGCUAUCUGUACAUAUUUAAUGUAUUUGUGUCUAUAAGGGUUACACUGAAAUGUCAUUAUGCAUUCCCGCAAAGAAGUAACGUCCAUGUGUCUUUGUUGUUUCACAGUAGAAAAUCUUCAUGUGGUGUGUCAUAGGUCAAUUAAGUCACUAUGUGUAAUUUAAAAGAAAAGUAUGCCUUAAAAUCAAAUAAAAAAAAAUAUAACGAGUCAUGCACAUUUUCAUCGGCCUUGUGAGGCUGGCAUGUGACUAAUAAUUUAUUUUGAGAUAUUUAUUUCAGUUCAAGUCAUAGUAAAGAAUCAGAACUAUUAAUGUUGAUUUAUCGUCUCUCAAAGCAUUCAUCCGUUCAGCGUUUGUCCUCAUUAGGGUCUCGUGUGAGCUAGAGCUUACCCCAGCUGACUUUGGGAGAAAGGAUGGGCACAUGCCAGCCAAGUACAGGGCACAUAUAGACAAAAAAAAAAAAAAAAAAGCAUUCAACCCACAAGCACGAGAUGAACAUACACUGGCCUCUUGGUGAAACUGAAGCAACAUGGAAUGUGCUGGCUGCAACCUACAAAGGCGUUGUUAAUGCACUCUCAACUAGUUUGCAGUGUGAAGAACAAAAACGUAAACUAAGGCCUAUAUUGUACUUCAGGCAGUAUUAUGCUGCUCAGCAUAAUACUGCCAUGACAACAGGAGUUAAGAACAUUCAGAGAUUCUCAUUCCAUUAAAAAGAUAAUGUUGAGAAAAAUUCAGCAAAUGAUUCUUUGCUAAUUUUCCCCAUACAUGCCACAAACCUAAGGCAGUAAAACCAUGUGAUUUCACCCACCCAAUUGGUGAAGAAAGGAAAUGAUAAUAAAAAAAAGAAAGGUUAUAAUGAAAUCUAUUGAAUGAAAAUGAUGUUAUAUGCAUAUAUCGUUAUUUUAAAAAAAUGGAAUGAUAAUAAUUUGAGUAAAAAAAAAAAAAAAGGAGCUGUUGUGAUUUUACUUUUUCACUAACUUCUUUAAUAUGGAUUCCAGCAAACCUAACAGGCAGUACAGACAAAAAUAGAUUUUGGGUAUAGUAAUAUGAUAUUUGUUUCAGUUAUUUGCAGAUGUGUGCGUUGAUCUCAAUCGGAGCACCUAAUUGACCCACUUUUGUUCCACAAAGAAAUGCUUCGAGGCGUCACCCAUAUGUUCACAUCUGUGGCAUUCAAUGAAGGUUACAUGCAAUUUACCUUUGGAUAAAUGGAAAUAAAUAAUGUUGGUAUGGAGUGAUUGUGGUGCAAUGUGGAAUGCAAGAGGAUUUUGCACAUAAUAUUCCAUUAAUACCGUGUAAAUGAAUGAAAUUUCAUUUUAAAUGUCAGAGGGACUAUUAAGUAAAACUAUUAGUCAGGGUAGAUUUUCAGUGUUGUCAACUGUACAUUAACGAUGCAUUUUACUGUCUGCUGUUCAUUUGUUCUAAUUUAUGCUACAUUAAAAGGAAAUUAUUUACAUUAUAGCGCUGACGGUAACGGCAGGGUGAAUGUGAUUUAGAAAAAAAUGAUGUUAAUAAUUGUCUGUGUACAUUGUCUCUGUGUACAAACCUUGUUAUACACGUGUCAAUUAAGUCACCGUUCUGUGUCGGCCUUGUCAAAUAUUGUAUGACUGUGAGAGGGCUGUAGAGGAGGAAGGAAGUGACAUGCCGAUGGAAAAAGUGGCGGGGGGAGGGAUGAAAGCAGUGAGCCAAAGACAAUCAGGAAGUGAGGAACGACUGUGUAGGAGGUGGAAAACGGAGCCAGUCUCCAUGGUAACCUGCCAGUGGCGGAAUGGAUAGUGGAGUACGGGGAGUGGUCUCGUUUCUAUAAUGGUUGUAAAAUAGCAAAAGCCAGUAUUGCUGAGCUCAUCUGUCUUGGUUAAAAAAAAAAAAAACAUGAAUAAAACACUGACACAAGCA